GCAGGAAGGAGGUAGCCGCUGAUUGGUUGGCGGCCCCUGCGCCAGCGGAACGCGACUGGGCUGAGGCGUGCCGGCCGGACACGGCCUCCGGGAGGACCGAGGGCUUCCGGUAGUUUGCUUUCAGAGGACAGGAAGAGACUGUUUUCAAUGGCGUCCUUAGUGGCUUACGAUGACUCGGACACAGAGGCUGAGACUGAGCCUGCGGAACAUCUUAGUGCUGCCGACCAGGUGGAAGAUACUUCUGAUGUGGUCACACCUCAUGGGCGGGAUUUUGCAUCCGGAGUUCUGGACAGGACAGAGGCGGGAGCACUGUCCACGGAGCAUGGUUCUUGUGAAGAUCCCGCUGGCCGCCGUCUCCCGCUGGUUCGGCUCUGGGGAAGUGACCCAGGAGCUCGCCCUGCCCGGAGGCUACAGUGGCCCAGGAUGGAGUCUGAGGUCACCUUCCCUACAGGUGAACCAUCUCAUCCUUCUCUCUGGACCAGCCAUGCCCCGGCUGGCCACAUGCCCCUGGCAGCUGCCCGCUUUAAGCAGGUGAAACUCUCCUGGGGAGCUUAUGACUCCCCUGAGCCAUCUUUCGGUGCCCAAACCAAAUCUGAGGCCCCGGGGAGAAAUGGCAGCUCUCUUCAGAGGAAAAGGUGUGAGGACUGUGUCAUACCAUACACCCCAAAAAGACUAAGGCAGAUGCAAACAUCAAACCCAGAAACAGGUGCGAGUAAAGACGUGGAGGCCCAGGGUCCCUCUGUGGGGCGUGCCCCGGCCCCUCUCGGUGUGGCACCUGGAGUGUCUGAGUUUAUUCAGCCAUAUUUGGACAGUCAGUAUAAAGAAACCACGAUCCCCAAAAGUGUGCUCUUCUGCCUGAGAGGCCACAGGGGCCCCGUGAACAGCGUGCAGUGGUGUCCAGUCUUUUCGAAGAGUCACAUGCUUCUCUCAGUUUCUAUGGACAAAACCUUCAAGGUGUGGAAUGCCGUGGACUCAGGGCGCUGCUUGCAGACCUACUUCCUGCACCACGAGGCCGUGCGGGCCGCCCAGUGGUCGCCCUGCGGCCAGCGCAUCCUCAGCGGUGGCUUCGACUUCGCCCUGCACCUAACAGACCUCGAAACAGGAACCCAGCUAUUCAGUGCUCAAAGUGACUUUAGAAUCACCACCUUGAAGUUUCAUCCAAAAGACCACAAUCUUUUUGUGUGUGGGGGCUUCAGCUCUGAAAUCAAAGCUUGGGAUAUCAGGACUGGCAAGGAGAGAUACACCUGCCCCAGCCUCACUUUGCACCCCCGGGAGCCUGUGUUCCUGGCGCAGACCAAUGGCAACUACCUGGCCCUCUUCUCUGCUGUGUGGCCCUACCGGAUGAGCAGAAGGCGGCGCUACGAAGGGCACAAGGUGGAAGGCUACUCGGUGGGCUGCGAGUGUUCCCCGGACGGUGACCUGCUGGUGACGGGCAGUGCCGACGGCCGGGUCCUGCUCUACAGCUUCCGCACUGCCAGCCGGGCGCGCACCCUGCCAGGCCACGCACAGGCCUGUGUCGGCACCACUUUCCACCCUGUGCUGCCCUCUGUCCUUGCCACCUGCUCCUGGGAGGGCGACAUUAAGAUCUGGCACUGAGCCUCCUAGUGUGGAGCCUCCCAGACACCAGCCAGGCCCCAGACUCCCCUCUGUCCUUGGGCGUGGGUGGGUGUGAGUAAGCAUUGAGCUUGCUGUCAUGGCCAGACCUGCGUGGAAGCUGCCUCCUCCACCAACUGACGCUGUUUCCUCAUCUAUAAAAUGGGGACAAAGGUCCAUUUGACUCAGGGUUGUGAAGACUGCAUUAGCAAAAGCACUCGGCUGUUGCCAGGGAUGUCAGUAAAUGUGUUGGCUAUUUCUUAGGUUAUUUCACUGACAAAUGUGUAUUGGCAGCUUCCUAUCGUCUGCCCACCCUGGCCCAUCGGGGCUCUGAGAUGGGGAACAGUGGGAGCCUGAGAUGGGGGCAGCCCUCUCUGCUGGGCCUGAUUGGGGGCUCCCCAAGGGCCACUGGGGGGCUCUGGGGGCCCCAGGUCUUGGGCCUGCCUCUAGAACUCCACACUGGAGCACAGCAGGCCCUGCAGCCUUCACAGGGCUCAGGCCUUCCCCUCUCCCUAUGCAGCAUGGCAGCUCCGGGUCCAGGGCUCCUUGCCCACCACCUGUCUGCACGUGUGCUGCCCACGUGGGCAUGUCUGGCCCCGGGGAAGGGGCAAUGUGGAGACAAAGGGCCCUUGAGGAGGCUCGGGGAGUUGGGGAGGCGGCAGACCCGGCUCCCUGGGGAUCUGGGUGGGCCCACGAACGCUGACCCACCCAGACCAUAAUCAAGGGGCUGCCCUUAAGAGCCUGGCAAUACCCCGACAGGUGAUAGGGGUGCCAUGGCUCAGGGCAGGUGCCUCCCUGCCUCCCGGGAUGCCUUCCUGGAGGAGG